AUGGUCAAGCAACUUUUUGUCUUCGACAGCCUUUCAGCCUUGGAGACCAACGUGGAGAGGUGUUCCAAUUCGGACCUCACAAUGUCGCAAGAUUCACGAUCAAAGGCGGCAAAUUCACCCAAUACGAAGAAUGCUAAAAGCCAGACGGAGAACUUAGAAGAAGCGGUGCAUGAUAAAGCAUGUUCACAGAUUGGUGGCGGAUUGCUUUCGACAGAAGACGAGAUAGAAAUAAACACAUCGCAAUCCAACUGGAAGAAUGGAUUGGGGGCCUGCCGUCGAGAACCGAUUGGAAGUACAAUGGUCAUCGAGCGCUAUUUUGAUGACACAGCAAAUUUUGCUGUAUCAAAAGAGCGGAUCCAGCGCGGGCAGCCCCCGUUCAAAGAAAAUAAAACUGAUAUGAUUUUGGUAGUCGAAUAUACUUCAACUGAACUCAGUGGCGGACCUAGAAGGGAGCAGGAGGGGUCACCGCAAAUUCUUACCCUUUCCGUCAAAAUUUGA